UGGGUAUUUAUAUACUGUUUUGUUAUGAGUGACACAGCGGAGAAUACCGAGGAAGAUGGUCCGAAGUAUAAAUUAUCCAGCUUUUUGUUUGGUAAUGUUGACAAACAAGGCCAAAUCGAAGAGUACACCAACGAUGAGGACCUCAAAUCUAUCAACAACAUUGAUCAAUGUCACGUCAAAGAAGUUGAGGAGACGGCACAGGUUGUACUUUCCUCAGAGCCGUCUUUGGUUGAGGAUGCACAGGACCAGACGACAUCCAUAAACACUAUACCUUCUCCCGUAGACUACUAUGAUGAACAGGAGACCGUGCCGGAUUACGUUUUUGAGUCGAGCUUUCGUGAACUGAAGCCAGAGGAGAAUCUUUUGCCUUCACACGCCCAGGCUGCAGAGGAGGACUACGACUCACCUGAAGCAGGACCAACAAAGUCUUCAGACGAAGUGAAGCACGAAGCUGGUACUGUAGAACCCCAGGGGGUGGUUGAAACCCUCUUGGAUGCAUCUCUAGUUGGUUCUGAAGAGGAUGUCAAAACUGACGCUGUACCUUCUAUGGCAUCGAGUUCGCAACCGGAUACAGUGACGUCGCAAAAUUUAGAUGCAGGAAACGUAAUUCAGGGUUCUUCGUCUAUCUCCUUGAACACGGGAGCCCAGAGUCUAGCCACUGAAAGUGAUAUUGAUAUGAUGCCUCCGCCCUUACAUCCAGCACCUAUUGCGGCGUCCCGCCAGUUUCAAGGAAAGAAGUUGAGGAGACGGCACAGGUUGUACUUUCGAGCCGUCUUGCAAGGCCAAAUCGAAGAGUACACCAAUGAUGAGGACCUCAAAUCUAUCAACAACAUUGAUCAAUGUCACGUCAAAGAAGUUGAGGAGACGGCACAGGUUGUACUUUCCUCAGAGCCGUCUUUGCUUGAGGAUGCACAGGACCAGACGGCAUCCAUAAACACUAUACCUUCUCCCGUAGACUACUAUGAUGAACAGGAGACCGUGCCGGAUUACGUUUUUGAGUCGAGCUUUCGUGAACUGAAGCCAGAGGAGAAUCUUUUGCCUUCACACGCCCAGGCUGCAGAGGAGGACUACGACUCACCUGAAGCAGGACCAACAAAGUCUUCAGACGAAGGGAAGCACGAAGCUGGUACUGUAGAACCCCAGGGGGUGGUUGAAACCCUCUUGGAUGCACCUCUAGUUGGUUCUGAAGAGGAUGUCAAAACUGACGCUGUGCCUUCUAUAGCAUCGAGUUCGCAACCGGAUACAGUGACGUCGCAAAAUUUAGAUGCAGGAAACUUAAUUCAGGGUUCUUCGUCUAUCUCCUUGAACACGGGAGCCCAGAGUCUAGCCACUGAAAGUGAUAUUGAUAUGAUGCCUCCGCCCUUACAUCCAGCACCUAUUGCGGCGUCCCGCCAGUUUCAAGGAAAGGCUUCCAAAGGCACUGCAGAAUCCCCCAAUCAUUUAGGCUCAUCGAACGCUGACAUGUUGUCGGACUCUGCAUCAGCCAGCCCUCCACCAACUACUACUGGGUACGAGUCUUCGGGUUUACUGAACACACCAUUAGGAAGCUUGAUGCCCCCGGAAUACGCCUCAGUGGAUAUUAUGGAGCUGUUUCCUGCGUAUGAUCCCACUCGGACUCCUAGGUGGGGAAGUAUUUUCCGUCUCCCUCACACCGCUGGGACAUAUCGGGAAUUUAUUGAACGCGCAUCGUAUGUGAACACAUUGAUAGAGCAACGGCAGGCACGGUACGCCGAUCGUCCUCAUCUUGUCUACGAUGGUUUUCUCGAUCUUGGUAUGGUUCCUCUUCCCGAGGAGAUAAUUGAACAUGACGAGGUGGUCGAACUUAACACCCCUCUUCCACCGGGAACUGACUGCCUAGCUGGCAGUGAGAAGUCUUGGUGGCGACGAGCGUACACAGCCGCUCUAGCAGAAAUGAACGGUCCAUCUGGUAAAUCCUCCAAGUCCAGGACUCCAGUUAAAGCUGAUAAACAGGGUAGAUCCAACGCAGGCAGGGACUCUUCAACGGGACAGGAGAGGAACGAUGCAGGUGAAAACGCUGGCGAGUCAUCAAAUAAUGCCUCGACGUUAACUCCUGAAGAUCUCCGUCGUGGUUGGCGUUUGGGCCCAGCUAAAUACUGGUACGACCAGUUGGGAAUUCCUCUGGAUGCGGACAUUUCCAAGUGGACCGAAUGGCGGCGACCAAAUUUGUCGUCGGCUACCUCAACUCUGACAACUGCAGCAGCCCCUAGUCGACCUGAUGAUGAGUUGAUCAGAUCAGAGGAGACGAAUGGCGAUAGCCCAACGGAAUCAACAGAAACGAAAGAAAAUCAAGAUGUCACCUCGUUCGAGGCGAAAUCUACCGAAAUUCCUCCCAAUUCGGAGGGUAGAACAACAGAACAAACCGAAAGCCCAAUACCUUCUUCAUUCACACCAGUCAAAGGUCCCGCGCCAUUGAAGCAUAGCUAUGGUGAUUCAAGCCCAACCACCGUAUUUCCUUACCAGCUGCUCAACUGGGAAGAUGAUAUCAUCUACGACCCACAACUGAACACGAACAAGAUCAGCGCUUCCUCCAAGAUGAACGCCGCCUAUGCGGGUUGGAUACCCUCUCAACACUGUCGCACGAUGGCUGCCUUUCAGGAUACGUACCAAGGCAAAUUUCCGUUCAUUGUCGGUUCAAAGGCAAUCAAUGGACUUAACCCUGCCACCCCCGUUAUGGAACAGUUAUUUGGUCGAGAUGGCACCUGUAGACCUCACAAUCCACCUUACGCAAUUUUCCCGGCAGAAAAUGAGGGCAUCCUGUCGGAUUCCUGGGUCCAUGAUAUCAUAUACGAUUCAGAUCUUCCGGCAGACCAACUUCCGCCACCCUUCUUACUCACCUUGGAUCAUAAUGACGAAGCUUGUCUCCUAGAAUCAAUCGAUGACGUUGCCAUCGCUGCUGCAAUCAACACUGUUCGAGGUCAGCGACACCGACAUUCUAUGAGCAAUAAACCCAACGAACAGGAAGCCCCGGGUUCUGCAACUGCUGCUUCAGGACUACGCAGUCAAGCAGAUCUGCACUCAGAUGACCAAUGGGAAGGCGCAGUGCGUUUUGGACUGGACGGGGAUCCUUCGGUGCCUACCACCAAGUCCAAUGCUCCACUCAAUCGUGCUAGUCUUCAAGUUAGUUUUGGUCUAGCAUCGACUCGUGGAAUGCUAACUGGAGCUCUGGCAAAAGCCGAACAUGGUGCUGAGAAGGUCAAAAUGAUACUGGGGAAGCAUGGGCUUCUGGCUGAAGAUGACUGGCAAACAGAUGUGGACAAAUUCACCUCUGAUGUCCAAAACACUUCUAACGCGGCUAAUGAUUCAACCGGAGACCUGGGCACGGAUGGUAACGCUUUGGCCUCAGCAGCGGCUGCAGUCUCUGGUAUCCCUCCAAAAGACCCUCUGAAUUUAUCUAAUGAUGAGUACUAUGCCAUUCGAAGUGGUGCACUCGGUGGCCUGGGGGCCUUGGCUCGGUGUGGACCUCUGCAACACAGCACGCCUGCAGUAGAACUUUGGCCACCCUUUUUCCCGACCUACAUGGGCCCACUUCGCCUACGUCAGUUUCAUCGGGUUCCGUUGAAGCGGUACCUUCGUGGUCCAAUGGCUCAGUACAACAUUCCGUUCCCAGUCACUAACCUGAUAAGACAAAUUCAGCGGAAGGCACGAGAACGUGAGGAAGAAAAAGCAGCCACCGGUGGGGGAGACAUCUUUUUCAUGCGAACUCCCGCUGACUUAUCCGGAACAGACGGUGACGUGGUCCUGUGUGAAUUUUCGGAGGAAUAUCCACCUUUGAUGACACAGAUUGGUAUGGCUUCUAGAAUUAUCAACUACUAUCGGCCGUUGUACCCAAGGGAUCGUGCUCUUUCACCGGCUCCUCAUGCUUCCAGUGAUCCGCCGAAUCUACCUUAUGGCUCCUUGGUUUACGUCACUGGGACCGAUAGCCCGUUCCUUGGUGUGAUACGCCCUGGCGGCUGUUUGCAGACUUUGGAAAACAACAUGUAUCGCGCACCCAUCUAUCCACACACCAUGCCUAACACUGAUUUCCUCCUGAUCCGCAAUCGAAACGGAAUAAGCAUCAGGCGAAUCAAAGACAUAUUCACUGUGGGACAAGAGAUCCCCCUGAUGGAAGUACCCGGACCAAACUCAAAACGUGCUAACAACUUUGUGAGGGACUUUCUCCAAGUAUUUAUCCUUCGACUGUUUUUGCACAGCACAGACGAGCCGAAGAGGAUCAAAAUAGAGGAGAUUCGCAAGGCGUUUCCCAAUCAUUCGGAGAGUAGUGUGCGAAAACGUCUGAAGGUUUGCGCGGAUUUUCGACGCACUGGUUCGGAUGCCAGUUGGUGGGUCCUUCGCAAUGACUACCGUUUGCCGUCGGAGGAGGAAGUUCGGUAUUUGGUAACUCCUGAGGACUGUUGUGCCCACUACAGCAUGUUGGCCGCCGAGCUGCGCUUAAAAGAUGCCGGAUACGGUGAAAAGUCGCUCUUUGUCUUUGAUGAAAAUCAGGAAGAGGAAGAGGACAAGGAGGGUCAGCCCAAAAUGGAAGAUGAAGUCCGGGCUGCCCCUUGGAACACGACCCGUGCCUACCUGGCCUCCCAACGCGGUGGUUGUUUUCUGGAGCUCCACGGUGCAGCUGAUCCCACCGGCUGUGGUGAGGCCUUCUCCUACUCGAAGACUUCGGCCAAACCUGGUGCUUUGUUCCGUCAGGCCGGAGGUGAAGUGGCCCGUGGAUUGUUGAAAGGGAAGCGCACGGUCACCGGUACUGAUGCAGAUUUACGUAAACUACAUCUUCGAGAUGCUAGGGCUUUAUUGCGUUCGUUCGGCAUAAGUGAAGCUGAUCUUAAAACAUUCAAGCGAUGGGAAAUUAUUGAUAUGGUUCGUUUCGCUUCCACUGAACGGGCAAAACAGGGUGAGGAAGAGAGUUCUGCUAAAUUUGCCCGGGGUAAUCGCCUAUCGAUGGGUGAGCAGGUUCGCUGCUAUCGAGAAGAAUGCCAACGUAUUUUCGACCUCCAAAAUCGCGUUCUGUCGAACAACGAAUUACUCAGUUCUGACGAGGAAGUUAGUAGUGAGGAGGAAGACGAAGAAGCUGGAGACGCCCUUGGUGGUAGAGGUGGCGCAUCAACAUCUGGUGCAACUGGAGGCGGCGCGAGUUCCAUUGGUGGGGUCAGAUUAUCGAGUUUGUCUGCAUCUGCGCGAGCGUUUUCGAUCGUCGGACGACCAUCCGUCACCGAAACAGAUCAUCGCGAAGACGCGGAGCGUGAAAAGCUAAGGCGUGCUCUUGAAUCUGGGGAACCCAUACUGAGUAGUAAACGCCCACGCAAAACGAACCCUGCCGGUCCCCGGCCGAAGGACACUGUAGGUAAAUUAUCAAGCGGUCUGGAUCUCAAUGAGCCGGGGGACGGGGCUGGCGGUCCAGCAGGCAACAACACAAUAUACGAGGCCAGUUCAGCUGCAGCCGGGACGAUUUUGGAUCUCCCGCCGCCAUGGCCCCGUGCAACUCGUAAACUGCUGCGUAUCAUGCGAACCUACUCCGAGGAUGGGCAGCAGUACACACGCACUGAGUUGGUACCUUGGUCUCCAGUGGUCGAAAUCUAUCUGAAGAUACGUCAAACCCGAGAUGACGACUUCAUACACAACUUCGUCGACUCAGAUGAUCAAAUUAAAGAACAGCAACGCAAAGAGAAGCGACGUUUACAAGAUCAGCUCCGUCGUCUCCGGAAACAGCAAGCCAUGAUGCGUGAACGUGGUGCAGGUGGUUCCUCAAAUGCACCUCUUCGAACCGGUGGCUUAGCUGGUAGUGACCCAAAUCGACGGAGGCGACAUAAGCCACUCACUUCGGCCCUCGUCAAAAUGCGCUGUGGGGCCUGUGGCCAGACAGGUCACAUGCGCACUAACAAAGAGUGUCCAAUGUAUGGCCAGAGUGGUGCAAGUGCAGCCGAUUUGAGUACGACGUCCCGCCGCGGGUUGGACCGAAGGGUUGGACUAAAAGCCCCUCUUCGAAGCUUGGGAAGUGUAGCCCGAGGAGCCUCCUUGGAUGCAGCCAAGUUGGGGCGCGAUCUUGACUCUGACCCGAUAGCUGCGGCUCAUGCCUUAGCCUCACGUCCCGUCUCCGAGCUACUGGCCGAACAAGAUGACGACCAAAGCUCGGAAAAAGGGGGCUCCGGAAGCCGAGGGGAUUUGAAUGACACCUCGGCGAAACUACAAGCUGAGAAAGAGCUUGAUUCCUCGACAGGUCAGGCCCCGGGAUUUGGCGAGAACGAUAUGACGGUGGAAGGUACGAAAUUAAAAUUGCACUCUAAUUUGACGCGGUACAUUCGCGAACAAAAUCGCCGCAAUUUGAAGUUGAAAAUCCGUCGACAGUUGUUGGAUCGCCUGAACGCGGCUGCUGCAGUUGUACAGUCAGCCUGUGCCAAUCGUCGGGCCAUGACUAAUAGGGUAGGAGUCGGGCGUGGGCGCAGAGCUAGUGUUGGGACUAACGAAGACGAUUUUCCGACCACGAUCAAGCAUCGGGGUAAUCGCCGUCGGAUUGAUCCUCGAGUCGCGUUGAACCAUGUUUUCGAAGGUAUCUACAAGGGUCUCACACAAAUCCCCGGCUCCAAGAUCUUCAUGCAUCCGGUAAAGGAAAAGGACUUUCCCAACUACUACUCACAAAUUGCAAACCCGAUGGACCUCUCACAAAUCCGAAUGAAGAUCAACCAGAAUACCUAUGCGACGCGGGAGGAAUUUCUCUCAGACAUUCGGUUGAUCUACAACAAUUCACUCAGUUUUAAUGGUCGUUACAGUUCCUACACUGAGAUUGCAAUGAAGAUGUGUUCACACGUUAUGGAAGAGUUUUGCCACAAAGAGCUCAAGCUGAUGCGUCUUGAGUCGCUUGUAAAUCCCCUACUGGAUGAGGAUGAUCUGGUUGGAUUGAGUUUCCUAUUACAACAGGCCAUCGAGGCGAUGCGAGGUGUUGAGCGAAGUCGUCCUUUCCAUACACCAGUUGAUAAACGCCGCUUUCCGUCGUACUACAAAAUAAUCAGCAAUCCCAUGGAUUUGUCCACUUUGGAGAAAAUGGUCAAAGAAAACCGAUUCCGUUCACGCCAAGAAUUUUUCGCUCAAGCAGAGUUAAUCUACAGCAACUGUGUGAUUUUCAAUGGACAGGAAAGUCCUCUGACAGAGAUCGCUGAAGCCAUGCUCGCGGCUGGACGAGCUCGACUAGAGCAGGACGUGGAAACUUUGGACACGAUUGAGUUUAAUAUUCGCAAACACAUGGAGUCUGAACCUGCCCUGUCUGAGUCGCAUUCGAUACUUAGGGAGUCUGCCGACGUGAGUUCUGCUGCUGCACCGAAAUCCAUCCAACAGUCCUCCCGUAUCCCCUCUGUAUUGUCGCGUAAAUCGACAAAGCGCCACGCGGAGGAUGCGACAGAACAGCAUGCCGCAAGGCUUGCUUCCCUGUCCACGAUAAAAGAAGACAAGGAUGAAAACCAAGCACAGCCAACUGCUUCUACGAGUGGGGGACGAAAUCUUAGACGACGAUCAUCCGGAACGUGGUAUGGGGUGGACCUGGAAUAUGAUGACGACGAUGAUGCUGAUGGUGAUGAGACAGAUGGCAGCGAUGGUGAUGCGGGUCCUAACCGAGCGGCUAAGAGGGCUAAGGUUGAAGCGACUGAUGAUGAUAUCAGAAGCCAACCAUGGGUCACGGAUGACGAAAGUAUGGAGGCUUCAAUAGAACGUUUCACCUGGGCAAAAGGUAUGCAUUUACAGUGCUUCGAAUGCAGUGUAUCCACAAGUCGGAUAAGUCAGUUGCCGGCUAGUCACACAAGUCCUGGCACCGAUAUUCACUCCCCACUCUUGAGCCCCCAUACACCUGACCAGGGCUCCAGUCAAGCUGGUCCUCACAGACUGACUACUACCGAUUAUGAGGAAUACGAAGUAGACGAGGAAGGUGUCAACAGCUCCGGGGUGGAAGGAGAUCAAAGCGAGCCCGAGGAAGGAGAUGAAAGUGGAGCGAACGUCGAUUCUGAUGAGAGCGUGGAUCUGCAGACCUGGUCGAGGCAUGAAGCAGAAGGUGCGGGUGACUAUUCGUCUGCACUGGCGCCGGACCCUAUGAUAGAUGAGGACACACGUUUUUCACUUGGUGAGCCUUCUCGACAAACCGUAGAACUGACGGACGAUUUGGUAGCCCAAGAUUUGCAGCUGACCGACUCCGAAGAUGACAGCAGUUUGUCUGGUCAGGGUGGAGAGCUGUGUACAGAUGAGGAUCAGUUGGCUUUGCUGUCUUCCGGCACAGUCCCUACUGCCUGUGAUCCGAACGUCCCAGUCAUUAACUAUUCCACCGACCUGGAUCCCCUCUACCACAGACGGUCGACGUCCCCGCAGCAGCAAAAUCAUGUACACCAGGUUGACGAUUCCCAUUCCGUUGCCUUCUUCAUUGGUGAGCAAGCGGAAAGCGAGUAGGGAUUGGUAGUUCUUUGAACAAUUGGCUCACCAACACCAAUGUUGUACAUCUUCAUUUUCC